CUUUCUUCAAAAGAUCGACAAGAGUUUUCACUUGCAUCCUCAAAAUUCUGAUUAUAUGAACACAAAUGGUGUGAGUUGCUGUGCUAGCUGUUUUUGAAGAUUGAAGAUCUUUCAUUUCCGCUCCGUAAAUUCUUCGACGCAAAUACUGGACGAAGUUGUCUUUGAGACUAUGAGUGCUAGCGCUCCUGUAGAGAUACCGGGCUACUACUAUGAUUCGGAGAAGAAGAAAUAUUUUAAAAUUGAAAAAUCCCAGACUGCGCCCUCGUCCGCUCAGUGGUCCUCUGAAUCUGUCAAGCGGCGCAAAGUUGAAGUCCGAGUUGCCCAGGAAGCAUCCAAUAGGGCGCGACUGAUCAAGAACCAUAUCAAGCGCAGUGUCUUGAGACAUGAUAUUGUCAACUCGGGGCUGUUUGCCCGUGAGACGGGGCAUCAGAGGAACGCUGAGUCUGGAAGGGGACGAGCUGAAGACGGAGACGUUGCGGCGGCGAUGUGGGCUCGAGAGCUGACUGACAAGGGCCAGAUUGCUUUUGCACCGAGCAUGACUUGGAAUACGUAUCCGCAUAUGCCCUGCUUCUAUGUAAGCGGAGAGGACAGCGGAACCGAGUCGGCUGUCGCAUAUGCCACUCUUGAUGAGGAGAUGUUGGUCGGAAAAUAUGUCGAUACCGAUAUAAAUGAAAAGCUGAUAAAUAUACCAGCUGGUCAGCGAGAUCCGUCAAGGUUGCACCAAGAGAUGAUUCACUGCCCGCAGAUGUCUUCCAUCAAAUACCACCAACCAUCUCACAAACUUCUACUGACCUCGCGAGAACCCGGUCAUGGCCUUGCUUUGAUCGUUUUCUCUCCUCCGGUUGAUACUGACCAUAAUGGUGCACGGCACUGGCUUCUUGGUGGGACUGAUGGCUAUCGUAAACUUCUAUUCCGACCUUCCAGCAACCCGCAUUGGUAUGUGCAUCAGAGCACACCUGCGCCAGCAUCAUCCAACCUCCUUUGCGUUGUGGGUACUAGCAACGGCAUCCUGCGGGUUCGUUCUGAUGAAACGCUCGGUUGGAUCUCUACCAAUGACGUUCCUCCUAGCAUCGACUCUACGACAAAGGUUGAUACUGGCCGCAGGAAGCGGCCGGGCAGGCGGGCAAGGGCGCGCUAUGGCCCCUGGCACCCCCAGGAGAUCUUCUCUCAAGAUUUUCAAAUCGGCAAUCACAACGUGCUGUUUGCGGGUGGUCGCCAGCCUCGGCUCUGGAUCUCGGACCUCAGAUCGCCGGCAGCCGAAUGGAGCUUCGUUAAGCACGGGUCGUCCAUUGCUCACGUCCGCAGCAUCAAUCCGCACCAAGUUGUCGUUGCAGGCCUGCAGAAUCACAUGUCAAUAUACGAUACGCGCUUCUUCCAAUCUGACAAAACUAAUCCCAAUGGACUGACUAUUUCCUCCCCCAUGCUUGACUUUCCCGACUAUCGCAACGAAGCACAUUACCAUAUCGGCUGGGAUAUAUCCACAGAGCUCAAUCUCGUGGCGUCGGCGCAAGAUAACGGUACGGUCAAGCUCUUCUCCCUAAGGUCCGGUCGUGUCUUGCGCUCUGGCAGCGCCCUGGAGAGCCUUCGCGCCCAGAACCCGAUAAAGGCGAUGAUGUUUCAGACACUGCCUGGGGAGAAGAUGCCGAGCUUGUAUGUGGCCAGGGGACCUCUUCUGAGGAAGUUUGGAUGUGCGCCGGUUGGUAACUUUGAUGAAUAACGAUUUGGUAAUGAAUCUUUCUUUUCUCUCUCUUUUCUGUCGGAUUGUUGUAAGGAAUAUAUUUGACUUGUUUAUUUUGGCGAACUGGCUGAUUGUUGUUACGGAUGUCUGGACUUGUUGCUGGCUUUUAAGACUAGCCAUUUAUUUUCACGGAUUACUUGUAUUAUCAACUGUUAAAUUAUUCGAUGUAUAGAUGGGGUCUUUUGCCGGAACUGAUGUAUUAUGAGACCCAAGUCGACAAAUAUAGAGACCAUCC